UCGACCGGAGCUCGUGGACACUUCAACCAGUAUUUGAGAAUACUGUUUCCUUCCAAAGUGCCUAGUUUUAUUGGAAAAUUUGGCUAAUUUUCUGAUUUUGGAUUUAUUUAGAAGAAUUUGGUGGGAGGGAAAGUGUGAAAAUUCCACUUUGAACGCUUCAAAAAGCGUUCGUUGGAUGAACUUUCGGUUGCAAUGUGAUCAAGUGCGAACGAGCUUUUCCAACAAGGAUUAAAUUUAAUUCAGUGAAAUAAAAGAAAUUUUGCCAGAGAUAUUUUGGCAAUUUAUGUGAAAAUUGUUUGAAAAUCAGUUUGGAAGAAAGAGAUUUUGUGCAAUAUUUGAGAUAAUUUUGGGAAUUUCCUUGAUAAAUUCAAAAUGGUGGAAAAUUUGCAUUCUCCAUUGCUCUAAGCUGCGGAAGACGAGUAUUUUGAUUGGAAAGAUUUACUAAAUUGCGUGGGUAAACGUGGGGAAAUUCCAUUGCUGAAGGUGACUAAUCUUCAAAUGAAACUCCAGUGAUGGCCAAAGAUGAGACAAAGAAUGUGGAAGGUCAACCAUCAGCAAAAGAGGACACUUAUCACUUUGAUGAUGAUGAAAAUGAACUGACAAACCUAAAUUGGCUCACAGAACUUAAAAAUGGUUACAUGCAACUUGCUGAUGGACCUGUCCUUGACAUCCCUAUGACGCGCUUCAAUAAGUUUCUCGAUGAACUUAGAUCGGAUCGAGAUAAGUAUAAGGAAAAUGAAGAGUACUACAAGACGAACUCCCAGACAAAACCACCCUUCAAUUACGCUCAUCUGAUCGGGAUUAGCUUGAUGGAAAAUGGUAGGAUGACUCUGCAGCAGGUUUACGAUUGGAUUCAGUCGAGUUUCGCUUACUACAGACUCUGUAAUACCAACUGGCAGAGUUCCAUCCGCCACAACCUAUCCCUGGGCUACUUCUUCAAGAACACAGCUCGGGGUGGCAAUGAACGGGGAAAAGGUGGAUACUGGGAAUUGGCGCUGGAUUCACGAAAGUCCUACAAGAAGCGACAUAAGAAGGCUAAGAAGACUGCUGAGAAUGAAAACAGCACGAAUGGACAGCCACCGGUUGGUCGAACAUUCCUGCGUCGCAUGAAGAUCAGGAGUCAGCCAAAGACGUGCAGCAGGGCAGCAACGAACAGUGAGAAGAGGAAUGGCAUUGCUGGGAAUUCCCAUUCAAUUGCCAAUGAAGUUGCCCCUGCGAAUGCUGAUCAGGAGUCGCUAGCCACAAUGAAGAUUGCCAAAGACACCACAAGCCUCCUCUCGGUGUCCUCAGAAGAUGUCUCACUCAAUUCAAAGAUUUUUGCAGAAAAUGAAGUGCCUCAGCCUGUGGAUGAUGUGGAAAUUCCCUAUUUUAUCAACACCAAUUCUCCCAAUGUAAUUGUAGAGCCGCUGCCCUACAAUUUGCCGCCUCUUGAUGACUACAAUUUCACAACAUCAUUCAAUGAACAGCGAAUAUUUGAAGAUUUGCUGGAAUAUGAGAAUGAACUUCUCUAGACGGAAUUUUGUGAUGCUGAUGCUCAAGAAAAAGAGUGUAGAAUGAUAGAGAGAAAGUUUAUUUCAAUUUUCAUUCUGUGUGAUUAAAGAUUUUCAACCAAGAUCAACGCGUACAAAGCUCAAA